AUGAAUUACUUAGAAAAAUUAUGUGAUAAAGUAUGUAAACGUUUUUCAUUAAAAUGUUGUUUUUCAAAUUAUCAUAAGAACGUUAUAUAUUUCAACGAUGAUUUUAAAGAGUUACCUUCAUGCGAGAAAUAUAAAAAACUGGAUGAUGCAUUACAGAACAACACUGAAAGUGAUAAUUAUUGUAAGUGUAUAUGCUGUGUAGAUUGUUCUGAUUAUGGCGAACAUGUUAAAAAUUGCUGUAAAAAUGGUGUUACAAAUAAUUGUACUGUUAAUUGCAAUGGUGGUUGUACUAAAGAGACAUCUAAAGUAAUACUAACUGAAAAAUAUAGAAAACCUUGUAACAAUAUAUGCAAGAUAUCAAUAAAAUUAUCUACUAUUCUGAGUAAUGAAAAUAAUAUCCGUGAACGUUGUUCCUAUUAUAAUUAUUGGGCAUUUGAGCAAUUAUGGAAAGAAUCCAAUACAAACUCUGAUUCUAGUCCUAAUUCUAACGUAAAAAAUAGUCUUACAGAUUGUGAUAUGGUUAUACUACAGAAAAUAAUUGGGGGCAUAAACUGCAAAAAUGAUGUAAACCAUGAAUCUUGUUACUUUUAUUUUGAUGGCACUUUCAGUGAAUGGAAAAAGGAGAAAUAUAUGCAUGAUUAUUUUAAAAACUUUGAUCAUCUUAAAGAAAAAACUAAGAUUAAACCUGAAAAUAAGAAAUACUGUGAACACGUUUCUGCGAUUGCUCCACUGUAUAUAGAUUAUUUAAGUGAAUGCUGCACGUAUUUUUUCUUUGGUUAUCAUUGGGAUCAUUGUCCAAAUUUUUUUAAAUGUGAUAAAAAUUUAAAUCCUUAUAAAUUACUUAAGGAAUUUAAUUGCAGUGGUGAAUCCCUACCUCAAUAUCCAGAAAGUUUAGUACAAUCAUUAAUUAUUGAUCGGAGUGUCAUACUUAGAAGUCGAAAGAGAGGAUGCAGAGGAUUAACAUGUGAUCCUUUUUACAUGACUAUAUUGCUUGCUUUCAUAGUUUUGGGAAUAUUCUACGUGUUCUUUUUCCUUUACAAAGUAUAA